AAGAGUUCAAUCAUUAACUCAUUAACUCUGACCGAAGUCCCCCAAUUUCUUUUUGUUUAAUGGUUUCUUUGUCAGAUCAGACAAGCGACAUUAUAACCCUAACACGUUUACAACAGUAGGACUUUGUAGAAAGGAAUCUUCCACACUGUUCAUCUUCAACUUUUGGUUCAGUCGGGAAUCCAUAACUUGCAUCCUUCAACGUCUGUGUAAGACAAGAAUCCAACCAUGAAGCUCAUCCACCUAGCAUUGCUUCUUGUCUGCUGCAUCCUCGUCACACAAGCCAUUGAGAACAAGCUGGGCCAACUUUUGAAUGUGGCCAAACGUGAUGACCAACAGGAGCACGUUGAACAGGGACUUGAACCGGAAGUUAAGCUGGUCAAAAAUGUACCUAAAGUUAAGGCAGAAAAACCAAAGCCGGCCGAAGAUGUACCUAAAAUUAAGGCAGACAAAUCAAAGCAGGCCAAAGAUGUACCUAAAGUUAAGGCAGACAAAUCAAAGCCGACGAAAGAUGUACCUAAAGUUAAGGCAGACAAACCAAAGCAGGCCGAAGAUGUACCUAAAGUUAAGGCAGACAAACCAAAGCCGGCCAAAGAUGUACCUAAAGUUAAGGCAGACAAACCAAAGCCGGCCAAAGAUGUACCUAAAGUUAAGGCAGACAAACCAAAGCCGGCCAAAGAUGUACCUAAAGUUAAGGAAGACAAAUCAAAGCCGGCCAAAGAUGUACCUAAAGUUAAGGAAGACAAAUCAAAGCUGGCCGAAGAUGUACCUAAAGUUAAGGAAGACAAUUCAAAGCCGGCCAAAGAUGUACCUAAAGUUAAGGCAGACAAACCAAAGCCGGCCAAAGAUGUACGUAAAGGCGGACGUCGGGACAAAGAGUCACCGAAAGUCAAAUCGGACGUUAAGGCAUAGAUAACAAAGAGGGAAGCUUCCUAUCGUGCCUGACACUGGAGACGUUUUCAUGCCAUAGAAAUAAGGGUAGGGGAAGGGGGUUAUGACGUAAUUUUUCAGAAUUGUUCAAACAUGGUUCAAUAUAAAUCCCGUUUUCCAGCCUGAAAAACUGUACUUUGCAAUUCUGUCCGUAUGUCUGUGUGUGUCUGUAAACACGAUAACUUGAAUACCAUUACAGCUAGUUUGAAUAAAUUACAUAUAGACUAUAAGUAUUAUAUCAAAUUUGUAGUUCUGUAUACAUUGUUCGGCGAUUUUCAAUAAAUGGAAGUGGAAUUUAUUCUACUUUCAAUUCUUCACAAGUCUAUAACUUUGAGUAAUGUUUCAGUUAGGUUAACGAAAUUUCACAUGUAAGUAAAGGAUCUUAUUCUUUGCCUUCUAUCAAAUUUUGAUUAAUUUCCGUUUACCGAAAGUAGCAAUUUUCGCUACUUCCGAUUUCUCAAAAAAAAAAAAAAACGCAUAUGAAUUUAUAAAGUACUCAUAAUAUUCCGAACUAUUUUACACUUACUGUUUUUCGUUCACUUGGUGUGCAAAUAUUUUUUCUAUUUGAUUUUAUUCUAUUUUAAAAACUUUAAGUAAUUAGAAAUGGAUUUAAAAUUAUAUAUUUAUCGAGAUGUGUCAUCUCCCGUAGUGUUAUAUAAGAACAGUAGGAGACACCCUAAUAAUUAAUUUAUAGGUAUAUUUUAGUGUUAAGAUUAAAUAAGCUAGUAUUGAAUGCUACAGACAACAGGCCUCAGUUAAAGUAACUGGUCAGGUCAGGUGGGUCAAUGUCAGGUCAUUCACCUACAGGUUCUGCUGAGCCUAGAGAAAACGUCGCUUGCCGUGACCUUAUGUUCUCUAUCCAGGAUACGACAACUGGUCAGUAGAGCUGUAGCACUGAACACUUUAUCCUAAAGAUUAUGUCGAUAUUAAGCCGACAUGUCAUGUGUUUGGAUGUGAUUUGAACUUGCUUUCAUUACAAUGUUUCCA